AUGGUUGGAAAGAUAAAACACGUCCGUCAGAGGAUCCAUCAGGAGGCGGUGAAGCUGGAGAGGCCGGGCAACCUCACACAGAAGCCGGAAUCAGAGUCAUUGUCCCCGGGGUUAGAGAAGCCCCCUGUCGCCUCGUCUUUCUCCUUAAAACCUUCAGUUCUGGAAAAUAAGAAGAGUGAAGCCUCCACAGAUCUGAAACAGGUGGGGUUUUAGGAAGGACACUUAGUAAUCAAUGUGUGUGAAUAUUAGUGAACCGAUGUUAAAAGAAAGUGGUUAAAUAUCUGCGUGUAGUUGUAAACAUGCGUCCCAUCAGUGGAUAUCACUGAAAUCAGAGCUGCUUUAUUUUGAGGACUCACUCCGCUCAGAAACUAAAACCUUAAAAAACUUAAACUUGAAGGAUAAAACACCAAACCUAAAACUCCAAAUUCACUCCAGUAUCUGUUGUCGAGGUGUUACAAAUCAAAAUAUGAUGAAAUGUGUGUGAAAAUAAAAAUCAUGGUAUACCUAAAAUUAGGUUUGUCAAAUGUAAGACAUAUUUUUGUCAGGAUUUUGUUUAGUUGUGGUUUUGUCAUUGAAUACCACAUUUUGUUUAAGGAUGUGUAGUUUUUGUUUCACAAUGUAAAAGUUUUCACGAAAUUCAUUCUGUCAGGAUAAACCCUAUGAGAUGCAUCAUCUGGUUUUGAGGGGGGCUUAAACAGACCUCAGAAAAUGAUUUUUCACAAUUUUUUAUCAGAUUACAAAGUUUUGUUGUCAAACCUAAAAUAUAUACAAGUUACAGAUUAUGUUACUAAUGUGACACUCCGACACAGUGGCUUUAUAUCAGUGUGAUUACACAGUUAUGUACUAAACCCAAGUCCAGUGAAGUUGGAAAAAUGUGUAAAUGGUAAAUAAAAACGGAAUACAAUGAUUUGCAAAUCCUUUUCAACCUUUAUUCAAUUGAAUAUACAACAAAGACAAGAUAAUUAAUGUUCAAAAUUAUGAACUUUAUUGUUUUUUUCAUUGAAUGCCCGUGACCUUCGAUCCCUCAGGCGGCACUGUAGCAAAAACCUGACAUCAAUGUGUAAAGGAUAUCACCACAUGGGCUCAGGAACACGUCAGAAAACCACUGUCAGUAAAUACAGUUCAUCACUACAUCUGUAAGUGCAAGUUAAAACUCUACUAUGCAAAGCAAAAGCCAUUUAUCAACAACAUCCAGAAACACCGCCGGCUUCUCUGGGCCCGAGCUCAUCUAAGAUGGACUGAUGCAAAGUGGAAAAGUGUUCUGUGGUCUGACGAGUCCACAUUUCAAAUUGUAUUUGGAAAUAGUGGACGUCGUGUCCUCCGGGCCAAAGAGGAAAAGAACCAUCCAGACUGUUAUUGACGCAAAGUUCAAAAGCCAGCAUCUGUGAUGGUAUGGGGGUGCAUUAGUGCCCAAGGCAUGGGUAACUUACACAUCUGUGAAGGCAACAUUAAUGCUGAAAGGUACAUACAGGUUUUGGAGCAACAUAUGCUGCCAUCCAAGCAACGUCUUUUUCAUGGACACCCCUGCUUAUUUCAGCAAGACAAUGCCAAGCCACAUUCUGCACAUGUUACAACAGCGUGGCUUCUUAGUAAAAGAGUGCGGGUACUCGACUGGCCUGCCUGCAGUCCAGACCUGUCUCCCAUUGAAAAUGUGUGCCGCAUUAUGAAGCGUAAAAUACGACAACGGAGACCCGGACUGUUAAACAACUGAAGCUGUACAUCAAGAAAGAAUGGGAAAGAAUUCCACCUUCAAAGCUUCAACAAUUAGUCUGCUCAGUUCACAAACGUUUAUUGAGUGUUGUUAAAAGGAAAGGUGAUGUAACACAGUGUUAAACAUGCCCCUGUCCCAACUACUUUGGCACGUGUUGCAGCCAUGAAAUUUUAAAGUUAGUUAUUAUUUGCAAAAAAAAAAUGUUUAUGAGUUUGAACAUUAAAUAUCUUGUCUUUGUAGUGUAUUCAAUUGAAUAAAGGUUGAAAAGGAUUUGCAAAUCAUUGUAUUCUGUUUUUAUUUACGUUAAUCACAAUUUCCCAAUUUUAGUGUGAAUCAUUUUUUUCUGUGUGAUUCAUGAUAAAAACAGACUUCGAGAAGCCAUAGCACCACUAUUCUGUUCAAUAAUUUAUUUUUGUUGUAUUUUAAAAUCUUCGCAGACUGCUGCAGCGAGCUCGUUCCCCUCUGGGAUAUUUGCGGGCACCAAAAUCAGUCCAGAGAUUCUCAAACAGACGCUGAAGUUUGAGGAACCUCCCGAUCCACCUGCACCUGUUCAGAAAGGUAAGAAAUAUAUGGACAACAUCUACUCUAGUGCAACUAAAGUACUUGCCUGCAUAUACUACAAUCAAAAGGUCCAAAAAGUUGAGAAAUGUGUGAAAAGUUGAUGAAACAGAAUUUGAUCAUUUGAAUAAAUUGCUGUACAAAAGGGACCAAAAAAAAUACUGGAUGGUCCUCCUCAGCACUGCAUUAAAACAGACAGGACCCUGGAGUGGAAAUCACUGCAUAGGCCCAAAAUCACUUCUAAAAACCAUUGUCUGUGAUCACAGUUUAUCACUGCAUCCACAAAUGAAUUUAAAACCCAGUCAUGCAGAGAGGCAAUCAAAUAGAAACAUGAUUAAGAAAUGUUGCCAAGAACUCAAGGGUCAAGCUCAUUUUUGGCAGGGUAAGGGAAAGUGAAAAAAGUUACUGCAGUCUGACAGAUCACAACCUGAGAUAAGAAGAACUAUAUUUAUCUCUAUAGGGAAAUUUAACAACCUGAUAUUGUUGUCAGAAAUCGCAGACGAACAGAGUAACUUUCCGGCUUGCUCUCAGCUCCCAGUCCAAAGCCAGCAUCUCUGAUGGUAUGGAGAUCAUCAGUGUCCAUGGCAUUGGUAACCUCCACAUCUGUGAAGGCUCCUUUCAUGCUGAACAAUGUGUACAGUAGACCUGACCGUUAUGGAUUUUUGGGGGCCGAUGCUGAUACUGAUUAUUAGGGGGGAAAAAAUAUAUAUACUGUAGGCUACUGCUCUUCACACUGACAGGAAGACCAACUGAUCAAACUCGGACCAGAAAAGCAUUUUCAACACCCCCCGCCGAUCUGUGCCGCGUCUUAACUCACGUUACUCAUUUCCGGUCCGGUCUCAUCUGGAGACAUGCAGCUGCCUCAGUAAGAGAAGUAGUUCGAUCACGUAAUGUGUACUGUUGUUUAUUCUACCGUUACUGGCACGACUAACAGUGUAGCAAGGCUAAUAGCAGAUGGCUAACUCUAACUUUAGCUUGCAUAUUACAUGGUGCUUCACUGUUAACUCGGCGUGACCGAGACCAGCACAGCGGGGAACAUCAUGAAGUGGGUUGAACUGAAACUUGUUGACUUAUUGUGUAUUUCACAAACUAGUUUAUUUACCGUUGAGGUGGACCACUCUCCUCUGUGCGUCCCUGAGCUGCCUGCUUCAGAUCCGUCACUCUGCUGUGCUGUGAGGUAGUUAGUGGAUGAAGAUUGUCAUGAGGUCGCUGCGCCAUCUACAGGAUAAGUCGGGGAUUUUUUAAAUGGCGGAACAUUUUUUGAGUGAAACCGAAUCUUAUUCUCAGCAUUUUAUUUCUGAAAAUAUCAACGAAAAUCUGCAAGUUUUGGUCGUUUACCGAUUAGUCUCAAAUGGGCUAAAACUGGCCGAUUUAAUCAGCUCACCGAUAAAUCGGUCGGGUUCUAGUGUACAGUCUUGGAAAAAGCAAAAUUUGGAAACCAUUAAUGCCACAUCUUCUGAUCUGGAGGUCUGAAAUAAACACUUGCAGCUAAGGUGAUCUCUCAAGAUACGUCUUAAUUCUAACAAGUAAAAAGUGGAAAUGUUUUGAAAAUCAAAAAUAAAAUCUGCAGGUAGAACAUGAUCAAAACAUGUUUGUGACCAACUGAGGUGUUGUCAUUUCCACUCAUGUCGCCAAUUAUUCUGCAUACUCCCCGUAGUUUGUUCAAAGCAGAAAGCUUCAUUAUCACGAUUAUUGUAUAUUUAUGACCUGUGAGUGUGUUGUCAUUAAGUCAAAUCAUAAAGCACAGGAAGUGUUCUUCAGUUAUUAUCAGGAAUUAGGAGGAAGUUAAGGCGCUUAAUUGAAGCUAUGUUUCCUGCAGCCACUAGAUGGCGUAUCAGAACUGAAAUGAUCCUCCUGCUGCAGAUGAACCCCUGCAGACUCUAGUGUGGGUUAUUUGGGGAUUUCUGGUCUCUAAUUGAAGCUCCUGAAUCGUCUCCUCCAACCUUCAGAGGCUGGAUCAGAAACAAACAGAGUAAUCUCACAGGAUAGAGGUGCAGUGAAAGCAUCCCUCUGCGUGUGUGAAGAAAAAGUGAUGAUGUAGGCCUCGUUGCUAAGCACGCCGUGCUGCUCGCCGUGCCUCAACAGACAAAGCUCAGUGCUAUAUAUAGACCAGCACGGUAUAAAUUUAGCUCAUGCAUGAAAUCAAGGUUUGGCUGCAUCAGAGUGUUCUCUGAGGAUGCUGCUGUUUCACUCUCAUCCCUGCCUUAUUCUGGUUUCUCGCUGUAAUAAGCUCCUGAUGACUAAAACUUUGAAAUGGAAUGAGUCUCAGUUACACAGAUAUGUUUUUGUGAAUGUUUGGACUCCUUAGACCAUUACAAUUUGCAGCAGAAAUCUCUGACUUUGCACACACAAUUAUUACCCUAAAAGAACGACAUGGUGAGCUCAAGAAAUAAUAGAUUUACACAUACAGUCAAGCCCAAAACUCUUCAUACCCCUGGCAAAUUUUGACUCAAAGUUACUUUUAUUCAACCAGCAAGUUUUUUAUUAACUGGAAAUGACACAGGCAUCUCCCAGAAGAUAAUAAGAUGAUGUACAAGAGGCAUCAUUGUGGAAAGAAAUAUUACAAAGCUUUUAUUUACAUUUGAACAAAAAGUGUCAUGUCCAAAACCCUUCUCAAUAAUCAAUAGAAAAACCUUUAUUGGCUAUGACAGCAAUCAAGCACUUCCUAUAAUUGCUGAGCAGCUUCAUCAUUCAUCUUUAGCAAUGAGCUCCAACUCUUUGUCCACUGGUGCCCAAGGCCAAGUUUCUCUGCAGACUGCUUGAUGUUGUUGUUGAGAAUCUUGAUGUAUUCUUCUUUUUUCAUGAUGCCAUUUACUGUGAUUAGGUUCCCUGGUCCAUUGGCUGAAAAACAACCCCAAAGCAUUAGGUUCCCACCACCAUGUUUGACAGUGGGGAUUGUGUUCUUGGGGUUGAAGGCUUCUCCUUUUUUACGCCAAAUGAAGGCUACACCAUUGUGGCAAGACAAGUCCAUUUUUGUUUCAUCUGACCACAAAACAGAAGACCAGAAGUCUUCUUCUUUGUCCAGAUGAGCUUUUGCAAAGGCCAAGCAGAAGUGCCGUCCUCCUUGGUCUGCGUCCGUUGAACCCAGCAGUGUGCAGUGUCCGUUGGACUGUCUGCCUUGAGACGUUGCCACCAGCAGAGCCCAGUUUCACCAGGAUGGCCUUGGCGGUGAUCCUUGGAUUCUUUUUCACCUCUCUCACUAUCCUCCUGGCCAGCACAGGUGUCACUUUAGGCUUCCGACCACGUCCUCUGAGCUUUUCCACAGUGCAGAAUGUCUUGUAUUUUUUAAUAACACUUUGCACUGUAGCCACUGGAACUUGAAAACAUUUAGAUAUGGCCUUAUAGCCCUUUCCCGACUUGUGAGCAGCCACAAGGUGCAGCCGCAGGUCCUCAGUGAGCUCCUUUGUCUUAGUCAUGACUGUCCAAAACCCAAUUGCAGAGAGCAGUUUUUCACCUGUUGAGUUGAUUAAAACAGCUGUUCCUAAUCAAUCAGGGUAAUUAGGAUGCUUUAGAACAGCUUGGACUAUUUGGAAUGGUAUGGCCAUUACAGAGCUUGAUAACGAGCUGAUCAUUUGAAUCAGGUGUGUUGGAGCAGGGAAACAUCCAAAACAUGCAGGACAGUGGGCCUCGAGGACUGGACUUAAGAACCACUGGUAUAGAGCUUUGGAUUCUCCCAUAGACCAUGACAGUUUGUUAUGGGUAUGAAUAAUUUUGGACAUGCCACUUUUUGUUCAAAUGUAAAUAAAAGCUUUGAAAUAUUUCUUUCCACAAUGAUGCCUCUUGUACAUCAUCCUGUUAUCUUCUUGGAGAUGCCUGUGUCAUUUCCAGUUAAUAAAAAACUUGCUGGUUGAAUAAAAGUAACUUGAAGUCAAAAUUUGCCAGGGGUAUGAAUAAUUUUCCUGCAAUCUUGGUUAAAAUUCCUGCAUGGCUUCUAAGCUAAUGUGAGAACACAGCAGGAAAUUAAUGGAAAUAUUCACUGCAACGGAGCGAGAGGGCAAGGGUCAUGAUGUUUAUGUCCUAUUGAUAUGAUCUCAGUGAAGCAACCCACAACAGGAUCAAUAAAAACAUCCAUGAUUGAAGACAAGAACAGAGGAGAUCUGUGCACAUCCAUCUGCUCCAUCAGGAUCUCCCUUGUCCUGUUUUUGUGUCAUGAUGCUCCAAAUGUUUUCAGUUGUUGAUAAGUCAGGACUGCAGUCAGUCCAGUUUCUCAGCAGGACUCUUCUACUACAGAGCCAUGCUGUUGUAAUCCCUGUUGUCAGAAUGUGGUUUGUCAUUGUCUUGCUGAAAUAUGAAGGUCUUCUCUGAAAAAGUCUUUGUCUGGAUGUCAGCAGAUGUUGCUCCUAAACCUGUAGAUAUUGUUCAGCAUUAAUAGAACUAAGGCUGCACGAUAUUGGAAAAAAUAAUAUUGCGAUUUUUUCAACCCUGCGAUAUAUAUUGCGAUAUUAAAAAUACAGUAUUUUCACCAGAUGACCUGAAUAGCACUUAAUGUUAUGCUGCACUGCUGAAAUCUUGAGGACAGUUAAUCUGCUCUGAUCUUACCUCUUUUUGUGAAUGUUAGUAGAACGGCUUCUGUCUGUCUCAGAGAUAUUUUUAGCUUUUAUUGUGCUGGGACGUUAUUGUGGAAACAGAUGAACACAGAAGACGUGUUUUGGUCGACAUCAUCCUUCUUUAACCGAAAUAAUUCCAGAUAACUGACUUUCCUUUUCUUUUUGGCAACAAAUCUUCAUUUUCGGUGGUUUUCGCUUGUUCGUUGUUCAUUUUGCGAUCGUUGUUGUUGUUGUUGUUAGCGGUGCUGUACCGAGAAACGCAUGUCCUCCGAGAAUUGCAUGCACCUCGCAAAACGCGCACUGCUUAUAGUAGAGUGGUCCACGGAAAUGUACAAUUUAAAACCCAUACAGUUCUUAUUUGUUGGGCUUAAUAGUCAUGAGUAAAGUUCCGAAAGUAAUUCUCAGCGGACACACGUCUCCCUCCAUGUGCAGAACAUGUGCAGGGGUGGGUUUUCUCCUCCCUGAUUUUGAUUGACAGCUGGCAGGGUAGUCUGAUUGGCAGCUAAGAAGUGAGUCUGAUUGGCAACUGAGUUAAGGACGAAGGCGAUUGGUGGAUCGCUGCACAGCACAUGCAGAGUCACAUGGAGUGUAUCUCAGUCGGUUACCCUUGAAAUUAAAUGAGCUCAUUCACCUCCAAUAUCGCAGGCUCUGCGAUGUGACUAUCACACACACGUACAUCGCGAUGACGAUAGUCAAACGAUAUAUCGUUCAGGCCUAAAUAGAACCUUCACAGAUAUAGAAGAUACUCAUGACAUGGACUCUGAUGAUCCACAUACCAUUAGGGAUGGUGGCUUUGAACUGGGAGCUAAGAAAAAGCCUGGUUGUCCCUUCAAUCUUUAGAGAGGAGGAUGCAGCGUCCAUGAUUUCCAGAAAGACGUGAUGUUCAGAUAAUGAUAGUAUGGACAGCAGACGAUGAAAUCCACUCAGUCUUUAAACAUUAUUCUAAAACUUUCAAGGUCCUUUUGUUUUAGAUACAGUUGGUCUGUGUCGUCCGUCAGUGUAAAGUCCUGUCUGUCCUUUGACAAAGUGCUCUGUCUGCAGUCUAAUUAGAGGUAUCGUUUCACUACCAGACCCUGAGGACAGACCCUGACUCUUCUUUACUCUGAGGUCAGCUCCCUAAGGACCCCCCUUUCUUCCUCUAACCUUCUCGUCUUCCACCUCCUCCACUCUCUUCACCAUCUUUCCCUCUCCAUCAAAUAGAGAUAAUUUCAGACGAAUAAUAUCAUCUCUCCUGUGUUCUCUUGUGUUUUGUUUUUGACCCGUCUCGGUUAUUUUUCUCCCCGAUGAGCCGAUUCACCCGCAAAGAGCUGUCGUGUUUCCUCUUCAUCAUCACAUCCUGGCUGCAUGCAUCAGGGCAGCAGAGCGUGCAGAGGGAUGAUGAUGAUGUUGAUGUUGUGCAUGAAGAGCUGAGAAAUGGCGUGAGGAUGAAAAUGGUCUCUGGGUGAGAAAGUGAAGCGUUCUUAAAGGGUCCUUCAGUUAGCGUGCUGAUUCUGUUUUAGUCAAAAUGCAUUGCAGAGAGGAAUCGAGCAGCUUUUUGGAGUUUUAUAAAGCUCUCGCUCUACAGGGAUAAUACUGUAAUGCCGUCAGACUCUGAGAAUAAGUACUCGAACCUGAAGCAUUUAGUGGAUGCUCUGAAAUUUUUUUCUGUUUCUAUGGUGGCCCUAAAGUGUCUGCACAAACAUUGUGAUGUGGAAAUUCCAUUUUUAAGAUGACAAAACCAUUUCAUUAUGAAUGUGCGUUUACUUGUCUUUGGCUCUCGAUUCGCCAUUUCAUCCACCCUAAUCUGCUCUCAUUCAAUUGUCAAUACGCAGGCUACACAACCGAUUACGUCACGUGAAGUGGUCCUGCUAAAGUGGAACUUCUCUCACAGUUUUCUAGAAAUGUAUUACAUUUUGAGAGUCAUGAAUACAGUGAUUUGUGAAGUCGAGAGGCAUUCUUAAAAAUAAUGAUAACUUGGGUCAGUGUUUCAUGUUCUCUUUAAAGAGUAUUACAAAAACUUUUACAAUUAAAAAAAACUCAUCAUCAAUAACAUAGGAUCCAAAAAUGAAGAAAAAAUUUCUCAAAACCCCAAAUUUUACAGAACUUAAAAGUUUUUCACAUAAAGGUUAGAAAACACAUUUCCGAUCAUGCAAAAAUGUUAUUUUUUUUUCUCCUAAAAAGCAAGAAAUGUUAAAUCUUUUUUAAUUAUUUACAGUUAUUUUAUUACCCAUAUCUUUGGGAGUUAAAGCGUCAGUUUUGGCGCCCCCUGUGACAAAGUAGUCUUUGCUUGUCUGCUACAUGCUUGAGUAUCGAUUUUGACAACAAAUGUUAUUCUGCUGUCUUUUGACAGUCAAAUGUUUCGUUCAUAUUAAAAACUUUAUGUGGAAAAAGGCUGUUUCUUGAGCUCUACGGCCUGAACCUAUCCUCUCCCACUCGUUUCAGAUGAUAAAAUUGGGUUCUAAUAAUUGCAUUCUUGCUGCUGGUCUUGUUUGCUUUUGUUUAUCAUUUAAAGACAUCAAAAUGAAUUUCAGUCUGUUUUGUAAAGGUCAAUAAAUUCCUCAUAGAGCUUUAGAAAAUUUAACUUUUUUUUUUUUUUCAAAAUAUAAAAAGCGUCAAAAAGGACAGGGCAUAAAUAGAUAUAUUAAAAAAGAUUUUAAAAAUUUGGAAAAAUUGCACAACAUUGAAAGACAGUGUAGUUGAUUUUUCACAGACAUUGAAACCUUUUAUAAAAAAAUUGAAUAUUUUACCAACACACAACACAAAACAUUUCCCCAAGUUUUGAAAUAUUUUAGGGUAAAGAGAAAAAAAAUUAUGUAACACAGAAAUAUGUCAAAAAAUGAAAAAAAAAAUGUUUUAGUUUGGCCUAAAACACAUUUAAGUUUUGUAGUUUUGUUUUUUUAUUUUAUGAACUGUUUCUGUGCUUGAGUUGUUUCUACAUGCGAUGAAGUGGUUAUCAUGGUCUCUAAAGUGUUUUUGCGGUCAUGAAAUAUUUAUUCAUUUGACCUUCAGGGCCACUGUAUAUUUCACUGCUGCAGGGUGAAGAACUCUGGAGGGCUGAUGAAUAACUUUAUGUGCAGACUCUGUAGAUUUUCUGACCUAUAUCAGUUUAAUAGUUUUUCCUGUUUAUUAUGCAGACAUUAACAUUUACUAUCAGGGCCCCAGGAAACAUCAGUUCAGUCCACGUGUGUCAGUCAAGCACUGUAGCAGGACGUCACUCUGACAUAGAGAUCAAAUAUUGAUCCUAUCCGGCCCCGAUGUGACUGUUUAUAAAGUAUGCAGUCAUAUUGUUAUUAAAGCAUUCAUACCUCAGUGAGGACAAACUGGGUAAAAGAAGGCCUGUGAUUGGCCAGUAACAGCAGUAGUCUGUGUCGUUUUCACGUCGCCACGACACUAAAACGCCAUGACAUUUACACCUCAUUAAACCUCUCUGCAGACACGUCCCUGUUAAAGACCAGCAUUCAGGCUCGUGUGAUGGAUUAUUGUGGAACUACAGCAGAUUUUGAAUCUCUGUUGGCACGAACAUGAUCUGAUCCCAUGAAAAAUGACCUCCAGCAGGAAGCUGCUAGUGGGCUUCAGCCGCUGAACCAGUUUACAGCCCGCCUCCACCCUACCUCUUUCUUUUUAUGCCGUGUCUGAUUGUCACUGGUGUGGCUCUGUUCUGUUCUCUGGGGGUCUUCGCUGCUGAUCUCCCUGUCUCGGUUUUUCAUGCAUGCUCUCCCUGCCACAUGAUUUAACAUUACACAUAUACAGUGGAUAUAAAAAGUCUACACACCCCUGUUCAACUGCCAGGUUUUAUUUGAUGUAAGAAAAUGACAGCAAGAUAAAUAUUUUCACAACUUUUUCUACCUUUAAUGUGACCUAUAACCUGAACAAUGCAAUUGAAAAACAAACUGAAACCUUUUAGGGGAAAAUAAAAAAUAGAAAAGUUAAAAUAACCUGGUUGCAUAAAAAUGCACACCCUUAAACUAAUACUUUGUUGCAGCACCUUUGGCUUUUAUUACAGCACUCCGUCUUUUUGGGUAGGAGUCUAUCAGCGUGGCACAUCUUGCUGUGGAAAUAUUUGCCCACUCUUCUUUGCAAAACCGCUCCAAAUCUGACAGAUUGCGAGGGCAUCUCCUGUGCACAGCCCUCUUCAGAUCACCCCACAAAUGUUCGAUGGGAUUCAGGUCUGGACUCUGGCUGGGCCAUUCCAAAGUCUCAAUCUUAUUCCGGUGAAGCCAUUCUUUUGUUGAUUUAGAUGUGUGCUUUGGGUCAUUGUCGUGCUGAAAGAUGAAGUUCCUCUUCAUCUUCAUCUUUCUAGCAGAAGGCAGAAGGUUUUGUACCAACACUGACUGGUAUUUGGAACUGUUCAUAAUUCCCUCCACCCUGACUAAGGCACCAGUUCCAGCUGAAGAAAAACAGCCCCAAAGCAUGAUGCUGCCACCACCAUGCUUCACUGUGGGUAUGGUGUUCUUUUGGUGAUGAGCAGUGUUGGUUUUGCGCCAAAUAUACCUAUUACAAUGAUGCCCAAAAAGUUCAACUUUGGUUUCAUCAGACCAUAACACAUUUUCCCACAUGCGUUUGGGAGAUUUCAGAUGUCUUUUUGCAAAAUUAAGCCGGGCUUUGAUGUUUUUCUUUGUAAGAUAAGGCUUCCGUCUUGCCACCCUACCCCAUAGCCCAGACAUAUGAAGACAGCGGGAGAUUGUUGUCUCAUGUACUACACAGCCAGUACUUGCCAGAAAUUCCUGCAGCUCCUUCAGUGUUGCUGUCGGCCUCUUGGUAGCCUCCCUGACAAGUUUUCUUCUUGUCUUCUCAUCAAUUUUGGACGGACGUCCUGUUCUUGGUAAUGUCACUGUUGUUCCAUAUUUUCUCCACUUGAUGAUGACGGUCUUUACUGUGUUUCAUGGUAUAUUUAAUUCCUUGGAAAUUCUUUUGUAGCCUCACCUGACUGAUAUCUUUGAAUAAUGAGAUCCCUCUGAUGCUUUGGAAGCUCUCUGUGGACCAUGGCUUGUGCUGGAAGAUGUGUCUACAAAAAUGUCAGGAAAAGCUACUAGAACAGCUGAACUUAAUUUGGGGUUGAUCAGAGGCACUUUAAUUGGUGACAGGUGUGUGCUGACUCCAAUUUAACCUGAGUUUGAAUGUUAUUGGUUAAAUCUGAACACAGCCACAUCCCCAGUUAUUGAAGGGUGUGCACACUUAUGCAACCACAUGAUCUCAGUUGUUUAUUUUACUUCACCUCCCUGAAAGAUUUCUGUUUGUUUUUCAAUUGUGUUGUACAGGUUAUAGGUCACAUUAAAGGUGGAAGAAGUUAUGAAAUUAUUUAUCUUGAUUUAAUUUUUUUACGUGACAAAAACCUGGCAGUUGAACAGGGGUGUGUAGACUUUUUAUAUCCACUGCACAUAUACGUAUGAAAGGCAGAGACAGAGCAGUGCCUCUAAAUCCCACUGUCGUUCUCCCUGCUUUGGCUUCUCAUGGAAAAGUGAAAUAUAUUGUAUUGAUUAUCUUUUAACAGAGGUUGUAAUUCAGACGUAUAAAUUAUUUAGAAAUUCUCCAAGAAAUACAAAUAGAAAUAAAAAUACAUUUUUUAGUUCAAAGGGGUAAAUACUGUAAAACACUUCCUGUGCUCACCUUUAUCUCAGAUAUCAGACAGUUCAGAAAGGUAAGCAGGAGGCUCAGUCUGGGUGGGCAGGUGAGAGUGUGGUGGGGGUGUCCUCCAUCUAGCUGUAAUCACAGGUAUCCAUUUCAGCUACCAGCAGGAAGACAAUGCCCCUGGUGGGAGCAGAGUGGUGGUAAAGACUCCCCCCUUUCCACUCAGGGAUCAGGUUCCUCCUCCUCUGCCCACAUGUGUUUCUGCAGCAGAUUUCUAUCUGAACCUGUAGAGCAGCAGCAACAUGUCUGUUUGUGGUGAGAGAUAAAGACUGCUCAGAUACAGAGCCUGUCAGGACACAGCUUGCUGAAAACACACUCAGACUCUCUCACAGCUCUGUUUGCGUCUAAAUCUAAUAGAAACAGUCUAGAUGUUCAUAUUUCUGUCUUUUUUAUCAGAGAUUUGAAAGGCAUGGUUUUAAUUAGGGCUGUCCCAAUACGAUAUUGAUUAGGGCUUGACCAUUUUUUGGGGCCAGUGUCGAUACCGAUUAUUGGGGCGGGUGAUUACCGAUUAAUCUGCCAUUUUUUAUAUUUUUUUAUGAAGUUUUAAAAUUUGUUAAUUUCGGUAAUAUAUCUAAAUAUUUCCUUUUUUUUAACAAAUGGCUGCUUUUGAGCCUUUUAAACACUUCUCAGUAAUAUUAAUCUCAGUAAUAUUCCACGUAUUUAUCAUGAAUCAAACUCGGACCAGAAAAGCAUUUUCAACUACCCCCCCCGGGCCAAUCGGUGCCUCCGCGUCUUCACUCACGUUACUUAUUUCCGGUCCGGUCUCAUCUGGAGACAUGCAGCUGCCUCAGUAAGAGAAGUAGCUCAAUUACAUAUUGUGUACUGUUGUUUAUUCUACCAUUACUGGCACGGCUAACAGUGUAGCAAGGCUAAUAGCAGGUGGCUAACUCUAACUUUAGCUUGCAUAUUACAUGGUGCUUCACCGUUAACGCGGCGUGACUGAGACCAGCACAGCGGGGAACAUCGUGAAGUGGGUUGAAAUGAAACUUGUUGACUUAUUGUGUAUUUCACAAACUGGUUUAUUUACCGUUGAGGUGGACCACUCUCCUCUGUGCGUCCUUGAGCUGCCUGCUUCAGAUCCGUCACUGGUCGCUGCGCCAUCUACAGGAUAAGUCGGGGAACUUUUCAUAUGGCGGAGCAUUUUCGAAGGGAAACCGAAUCUUUUUCUCUGCAUUUUAUUUCUGAAAAUAUCUGCGACAAUCGGCGAGUUUUGGCCGAUUAGUCUCAAACGGGCUAAAAUUGGCCGAUUUAAUUGGCUCGCCAAUUAAUCGGUCGGGCCCUAAUACUGAUAUCGGAUAUCUGUCCGAAAUCAGCCAAAAAAAUAUCAGAUUAUAUCCACCUGCGUCUUAAAUCUCCGAUAUAUCACUCCAGUACAAGCAGUCUAUAUCAGACAGAUACUUAAGGCUACAAUAUUGGCAUUGUAUCGGAAGUAACAGAUUUGCAUCAGGUACCCCUAGUUUUAAGAUUAUAAAGUGUGUGACUUACUCAAGAAUAACCUGUUUUUAUCUGCAGAUAUAUGUUGAGCAGGUGUACAACUUCAAACACUGCUCUUUAGUGUCUGUUUUAAGGUACCCAUAACAGUAUGAGAGUACGAGAGACGCACGACAAUGUCUGGACCUGAAAACACACGUUUAACUUUAAAAGAAUUGAUUUAUCCUCCUUAUUCUAGUGUGUUUGAGGGGUUUUUGUACCUGAUCCUCUGUCAUUGACAGUAAUUCUGACUCGGUUUCCUCCUGUCUGUAUCUCACUCCCUGCUGUUUUCAGUUUUUCUUCUGUUUUCCAGACUAAAUCUCAUCGAGCAGCAGCUCACAGUCACAUGUUAUCACCCUCACAGACAGACUGCUGUCAGAUCAAACUGUCCGUCUGCAGCUCUGGGUGGAAAAUAAUGUGUUUAUUUUAUUGUAUUUCUGUCCCACCUCGUCCCUGCUGUCCCCCUGAGGAAGUCCUGACCGCAGGGCGCUUCAAGGUGCUGGCUUAUAAAAUUUCAUAAAGAAUUUUUCCAUAAAUGGAGGAUUUUCCGCCCAGAGGGAGUGAAGAUAGGGCCAGUGUCUGAAUCUGUUUUCUCACACUGCUUUUACUCUGUUUUUUAUUUCAACUUUUCCAUCACGGGAUCCAUUAUUUCCCCCCUUAGAUAAUUGGCUGCAGUAACAGUUUUGACACGAGAACUGCAGGACAUCGCAUUUUCAUUUUCCUGUUUAUUGCACACGUUCGUGUCCCUCAGUGACACACCUGAACAGCAUGGAAAGAUUUUACCGACCACAGACAGAGUCACAGACAGCAGAUUAAAAUCAUGAUAUGUUUGUACUUUUAACAGACCAAACAUGACUGCAGAUGUAAGACAGCUGCUCCUCUGUGUCAGCAGGUCUCCUUUGACUCAUUCAGUGCAUACCAGUACAGUGGCCUUGAGGGCUAAAACACAAAAACAUUUCACUGAGAAAUACAGACUCUGACAGAAUGCAAAAACAAUCCAGAAAUUUCAAUUAAUUCUUCAACAAAUAUAAGACUCUUUAUGAUAAAGAGUAAAAAAAAAAAUCUGGAAACACAGAAAUCAUGUGAAGCAGGAAAAAUCAAAAAACAUAAAGUUAAAUCUUAAAAUGAGAAUCAGUGAUCCCAGAACACAUUCUGAAAAAUCACAAAAACAGAUUGCAAAAAAACAUAUCUAUAGCAGUCAACAAAAUAUUCAUACAAUGGAUAAAAUCUGACACAACACUUUGCAAAUAUAAAUAAACUUACAGAAAAACACAAAAAAGUGCUCCAAGAUAUAAGGAUUAAAGGGGAAAAACAAACAACAGAACACAAAAAAAUGAAACAAAAUCAGAUUUCACAAAGCCUAACCUUUAUUAAAAAGAAAAGUAUAUUACCAAACCAGAGUUAAAGUGUAAAUAUUCACACAAAACAAAUAUUUGUCAAAGAAAUAAUACCGUUUUUAACAGAGUGCGAAAACAACGUGUCCAAGAAUUUUACCAAAAAAAAGCCAUUUAAAAACACAAAGUUUUUUUUAUUAGAGCGCAAAGAAUACAAAAAUAUAAAAAACAAAAACCGAUUUACAUAUUUCCUAAAACACAGUCCUGAAAACACAAAAACAAGAUUAUCUGAAAAUUUAAAGACAUGAUCAUGUAAAAUUAAUUGUGACUAUUUUACCAAAUGAAAGUUACAAAAGAAAAACACAACAACAUUCUUUGAAAAAUUAAAAUACUAAUGAAACUGUUUGAGAAACAAUAGAGGUGCAAUGCAAAUUAAUCUGUUUAAAAAUUACAUUUAUUUAAAUUUAAGCACAUUUAUGUUACUUAAACAGAUAUAUGAAAGAAAAUGAGUUUUUACACGCACAAAAAAAAAAAAAACACAAACAUUUGUCCUUUAUAGAAAACAUCGCUGCAUCGAAACAGAGAGAAAUUUAAACUGUGUUUGUGUGUGUGUGUGUGUGUGUGUGUGUGCACGUGUGUGUGUGUGCUCUCACAGGUCCAGAAGAGAAGAAGCUGAAGUCAAAGAAAGAGAAGAUGAAGGAGCGCAGAGAAAGAUGGCUGCACAGUGAGUCUCAGUAUUUAAGGAGGAGUAAGAAGACAGAUUCAGGCUCAUCCUUAAAUAAUUUGUCAUAGUUGAAGUUUUUAACUUUUUAUUUAAUACCUUUGAACCCCGUCAGGAAAAGGAAACCUCAGGCAGACUGUUAUUUAUUUGUCAGUUUUCAGGUUUAAUCAGAUUUAUAGUAUUUUUAUGUUCUGAGAUAUUUUCAAAUCAUUUUUUUACAGCAGUUAUUGAAAAAAAAAAGAUUUUUACUGUUUUUUCUGAUGUUAACAAUCCAGUGCACUUUUUCUUUUACAGCUGAAAUCUCACUCACAGCUGAGUGAUUAAUCCAAUUUUGCUUUCAGUUUCAUUUGAAAUCAUUUUAGCACAUUCAAAUUCUGCAAGAGUAAUAAGAGGAUCUACAUGGAGGGUUUGAGGAAAUCUAGCAAAAAGAUGAUUUUUUAACAUUAAAACAAACUAUUGUUGAGAGAGAAGUAUUUUAAAGAUAUAACGUAACAUGCACACGAGAAAUUCACAGAAACCCUUUCAAAAUAAAGUCCUAACCUGCCUGAUCUUUGGUUAGCGUCCUUCUCUGAUGCACUUCAACUGUCAGCGGAGACAAAUGUGUAUCCUUCCUCUGUAAAAAAAAAUAGUCCCUAAAAGAUGCAUCAUUUUUCCAUGCUGUGUUUUCUUCAGCUUUGUUGCUGCUCUUUGAUUCUACAGAGGAGAAAUAGGAAUUGUUAAAUCAACUUUGUGAGCUGCAGCUUCUCUGACCUCUGCUUUUCUCAGUCCAGGUAAAACAGAGCGUUAGUUAGAUCCAGUAAACUGAGAAGGUUUCAUUUUACGAAGCUGCAGGGUUGUCAUCGGGAUAAAUAAACGUCUGAGUUAGCUCUUAAAUUCCACUCUAGUCCCUGAGUUUUCACCCAUCGCUGAGCAUCUCUGUAAUUAUAACGCCUCUCCCUUUAUUGCGCUCAGAUCUGAAACCAAACUCCUCUGCUGAGACGAUCAAUUCCCGGGUAACUGGACACAGAUCCUGUCCAGGGGAAUAAUUAGGCGCUAAUGGUCCUGCUGAAACCAGAGAGUGGCUCCACAGCCAACAGUUUCAGGAAUUAGAGGAAAUUAGAGAGAAAUAUCAGGAUUUAUCAGGUCCUGGAUACAGAGAGGGGCACUGAGGAUUUACAAAAAAAUAAGACUGUAAGUGAUUUGACUGAAUAAAGGACAUGAAAAAAGAUCUGAAAAUGACUUUGAUUCAGCAGAGUCGUCGAGAUGAAUCCUUUUCGCCUUUACUUACCCCCUUUUCCUUCCCUCCUCCUCUUCCUCCUCAGAGAUCAGCUCCAUCAAACAGGCGAAGGAGCGUCAGGCAGCCGAGGCGCGGCGGCAGGCCACGCCCGUGGUUGGCGACAUGAAGCCGCUGGCAGACGCGCUGCCUGAGCUCUCUCAGCUCAUUGCUCCUGCCGCCACCGCCACCACAGUUCCCACUGCUCGCCGUAAGAGCAGGAAGAACAAAGUGUGAGUGUAUCCUCGAUGAGGUGUCGGGUGUUCACAGGACUUUUCUCAGUCAGUCUGAAGACGAAGAGAAAGUUUAAAUUCAGACGAAGAGCAGAGACGGCAGACUGAGGAGCUAAAACACACCGACACACUGUGGACCAACAAAUACUCUUUAUUUCUAGUGAGGGAGAGAAAUUUUGUUUAUCGGAUUUUCAAACAGAAAGGAUUUUCAUUUGAUGUACGCCAGAUUGGUCAGUUUUUCAACCGUUCAUGCUGUUCUGAUAAGUAAUUAAAAUCCGUCUUGUGUUCUUUAAGGGACAAUGUCUUUUAUCAGGGGUUAUAGGACUACACAGACACAAAAACCACCCUACCUCCUUGUAAUCUAUCAGCUAGGGGUGUCCUGAUACUGUAGCCUUCAAUAUUGGCCGUUUCCGAUAUUGAUGAACUGUCAGCUGCAGUCUUUAGGUACCCUAUACUGUAUUUUUCGCACUAUAAGGCGCACUUAAAUCCUGCACUGCAGCUACCGUAGCCUCGCGGAGUUACUGAAUGAGUUAAAUAAAGUUGGACUUAUCUGACUGUUUUGUUUGGCUUAAUGCACUUUAUAAUCUGGUGUGCCUUAUGUAUGAAAAUACAAGCGAAUAUGCGCGUUCAUUGAUGGUGUGCCUUAUAAUCAGGUGCACCUUAUAGUGAAAAAUACGGUAUAACCUUUUUAAACAUGAUCUUUGUGGCACUCUUCAGACUAUUAUCAGUUCCUUUUAAUGGCUCACUUUAAAACUAGCAGAUGCAACUGUUUUACUUUACAUAUAAAUGACUGGAUCUCCUUGAGAAUCUAUUGUAGGUACUCUAAAAGUCCCCUUUUUGCUUAAACCCCUUUAAAAAAAAAACACCUGUUUAGGUGCCCUUAAUCCAGUGGUUCUCAAUCCUGUCCUGCAUGUUUUGGAUGUUUCCCUGCUCCAACACACCUGAUUCAAAUGAUGAGCUCGUUAUCAAGCCAUUACAGAGCUUGAUAACGAGCUGAUCAUUUGAAUCAGGUGUGUUGGAGCAGGGAAACAUCCAGAACAUGUAGGACAGGGGGGGCUUGAGGACUGGAUUGAGAACCACUGCCUUAGCCUGUUGUGGAGAGCUUAAUCUGUGAAACAAACCCACUGGAGUCUGUUUGAGGACCCUUUAGUGUCUGUUUGAUGUCACUUCCCUAGUGUGAUUUAGGUACCCUCCUUUACAUUUCAGGGUUUUCAAUGGGAUCCAUUUUAAGUACCUUUUAUUAUCCAUUUUAAGUUACUUUUAAGGACGUUCUUAAAGCUAUGGUCUACCAUUUGGAAGCUUGGUACUUUUUAAUAACACGGUUUAUAAGGCCUUUAUGGUCCUAUGGUCCUAUGGUCCGAUCAACGCAAUUUAAAGAUCAAAAAGAACGGAAAAAAAACCCAUUCAGUAUAUCCGCUGCAAAAAGGCAUAAUAAUCGACCAAUCCGAACCUCCGUAUCCCGGCGGUUCGGAUUGGUCUGUGAGUCCAUCCAAUCCCCUGUCUCCCCUGCUCCGCACCGUCCCGCCUCCUGCCCACUACCACCCUCACGUACAUGUGAUUAGCGAGCUGUACAGCUACUGGAGUGUAAUGGAGCCGGAGAAGACAAACACCGAAACUAGGAGGCCGCUUCUGUUACCCUCCACAUCGAAGGGAAGGAAACGUAGAAGUUUCGAGAAAAAGGCUGAAGUAAGGAAGAAAUAUGAGCGAUACAGGUGCCAAUGGAGAAUCUACAUAGGAGAAGUGUACGACCGGUGUUGUGCCGUAAAAUGCACCCCUUGAGCCCAUCCACCCAUUAGCUUGUUAAAGUGGAGGAAAAUUAUCUCGUAUUUAAAUAAAAAACGCGAAUAUUGGAUCAUGACAGCAUGUCAAAUGGAGCAGCAAACUUUUGCUCUGUUUUUAUAUGUCUCAAAAAUGCACAUACAGAGGUGUACAGUAAGUCACGGUAGAGAACAUUCUAUUUUCGGGACAGCAAAUAUCCAGAAUCAGAGGGCCAUUGUUUUCGGUUUAUCUUAAUAGCCUGAAUGAAAUCAUUAAAGAUGCACGCUCUUGAAUGCAUCCAACGGUAAGGAAUUAUUUCGCUUUAUGUACUUUUAACCGCGCUCCCGUCAGGGGGGAUUUAACGGCAAGGGUGCAUUCUACGGCAUAACACCUGUUGGAAAAAGCUGCAGAAGGAUUUGCGACUGAAAACUGACACUGAGACAGCCGAAUUUCUGUUGAACAGAUAAUUACUUUGUUUAAUACAGUGGGAGAUGUCUGCUGAAUAACUAUGGUUAGUCUGUGCUUAUACUGGCUCAUGACUGAACGUUGUUGGUCGGAAUGGGUAGGCUUUAGCAUAAGUUAGCCGCGCAUCUUUAGCAUUGUAAACUGAGCUGGUGAAGACACGCCGAGAAAGGUAAAGCCUCGCCCACACUCGGCUCUGCUCUGACCGGCUAGCAGUGGCGACGCCAGACCCGCUCCGCCCCGCAAAUACUGAUACUGAUAUUUUCUGCCGGCCGGCUUCUUGCCAUAGACUGUAUAUACUCUGGACAACUCCGCGCAUUCGACCGCGCAGGCUCGGCUCAAACAGCGUAGCCCCCCGGGUGAGCUACGCAAUCCCUAAACGCCCAUAGGUUGUAUCAGGUGUCAAUCAAAGAAAACACGAACCCCCUAAUAACUUUUAAAAACGGAGCUUCACAGAAAAAAGAGGACUUGAGCACAAACCAGUCUGACAAUAACUUAUAACAAUAGCUGCGUUUUUCAAAUCUGUCUCAACAGCCAAACUGGUUUUCAGAUGGUAGACCAUAGCUAUAAGGUAUAAUUAACUAUUUGUUUUGAGGUGCCAUUUAAUGUCAAUUUAAGGUGUCCUGUAGGAUCAUUAGACUUAAGCAUCUCCAGCAGUGUGUCUGUUUUUGGUACCUUUGUAAAGGGCUCUUGUCUUUAGGUACCCAUGCAUGUUCACAUGUUUCCUCUUCUCUUUACAGACCCGUAAAGAGGCCCGAGCCGACAGACUUCAGUCAGAUGAAACAGUCACAGAAACGUAAACUCCUGUAAGCGUCCUCUCAGACUAACUCUCCUCUCCUCUGUGUGAAUAUAAAAUCACCCUCUCCGCUCAGUUUACAUGACUGACCCCUGAGAUUUUUUUUUGUCAUUUUAGAGAAGAAGAAACGAGCCAUUUCAGCAAGGCGGUGAAGAUUCUGUCAGCUCAUACCAACCCUCUGGUGGACAUCGGAGAGCAGCUGAAGAAGAGGAUGAGGCAGGAGGAAGAACAAGGUCCCAGCUAA